GGCUGUUUUAUGAUAAUUGCAACUAUGAACAUGAAACAGUCCACUUUCGAUGCACGUGAAGAUGGCCGCCGAUUUCAAGACUGCUCAACCAGUUGAGUACUACAGAAAGUUUCUGAAAGAAGAUAUCCGCCCAGAUGGCAGAGAGUUGGGGAAAUGCCCAACCAUCCUAAAUGUUGGUUCCAUAACAACUGCAGAUGGCUCGGCACUGGUGAAGCUUGGGAACACGACCUGCAUCUGUGGCAUCAAGGCAGAAUUUUGUACGCCGAAAGAAGACCAACCAAAGUGUGGAAUUAUAGUUCCCAAUGUGGAGCUACCCCCGUUGUGUUCCUCUCGCUUCAAGCCAGGCCCUCCCAGCGAACAGGCUCAGGUUGUCAGUCAACUGGUUGCCGACGUCAUCAGCAAUGCCAGAAGCAUUGAUCUAGAAUCUUUGUGCAUUGUUGAAGCAAAGCUAUGCUGGGUGUUGUUCUGUGACAUUGUAUGUCUUGACUAUGAUGGGAACAUAGUAGAUGCCUGCCUGGUAGCACUUAUGGCAGCACUUAGAAAUGUGUUGCUACCAGAGGUGACUAUAGAUGAAGACACGCAGCUUCCAGUCACGACGUCAGACAAGACGCUGCCCCUCACCAUCCACAACACACCUGUGGCUACCACCUUUGCCAUCUUUGACGAUUCUAUUUUACUGGCCGACCCAACCAAUGAAGAAGAAUGCAUAGCAACUGGUGAAGUGACCAUCGUGGUGACUGAGGAUGAGAGACUUCAUGCAGUACACAAACCAGGGGGCAGCCCACUAUCUGCUGACCAGCUACAAGACUGCAUCACGAGAACACAAACCCGAUCCCAAGAAGUACAGAGGCUGAUACAAGACACAAUUAUCAGUGUAGAGAGAUGAAAGAAGUCAGGUUUUUUAUUGUUUUAUUGUCUGAAAAGGUUCAGAUAUUACAUUUUUUUCUUUUUAACCCCUAAAAAGUUGUUAAAGAUUCAAGGUUUGUGCUCGGCAAAAAAAAUAUAAUGCACAAUUUUUAGGGAUUCUCGCAUGUCACACUUGAUAAGGAAUCAAAAUAUUUCUGCCAAACCAGGUGGAUUAAUUUUUACUUUAUUAAUUUCUUUACUUGAGUUUAUUUCAGGGCCCCCUCAAAUAUUGAACAUUUCUUUAACAUUUAGUGUCAUUAAUGGUCGAUGAAAUGUCUAAUUGUGCAGCGUGAAAUAAAACAAAUACUUUUCUAUACAUAAAUUUGUUCAUGUGCUUGUUCACUAGUGCCUUACUUUGUUUCAAAAUACAAUUGAGUACAAGUUUCAGAAUUUGUUGACAACAGAAUUUUAUAAAUGUUAAUAUCAGAUUUUUUGCAGGUUCUUAGCAUUUGAAGUUCUCCCUCCAAUGUUUUCAUUCUUCCUGCCACAAUGCGAUAAAAAUAAACAUUCAAAAAUAUAAUUGAGGAAACAAGGUGGCUUUAAUCGAAACUUAAGCACACAAACUGACAAAACCCUACAAAUUGGACUAUAAAAAUGCUUCUCUGUUCCGUAAGCACCAAAUUGAGAAAAUCUUAUUUCUUAAGACCAUUCUGACAAAAUCCUUUAUCAUGUCUGGGUAACCUUUUUCAUACAUGUUUUAUUUGUACGCUUGAAAUUCAGCAGGUCAUAAACGGCUAAUUUUAGUUGAAGCUGAACUAUCAUUUUUUUACCAGUAAGUAAAAAAAAAACCAAUUAUUUUCUCUCUAAAAAAUUGGAAAUGAAGGCCUUUUCUACACACUGGAUUUACAUGCAACAACCAGAACUUGUGUCUUCACUGAAAUUUAUGGUAAAAAAAUGAUAUAUAAAAUCCAAAUUGUAAAAAUUCAAGCUGAAACACUGUUGAUCAACAUUUUGAUGCAUAAAAAAUGUAUAAACAUGAACCAUUUACACUAACAUCUCGUAUCUGCUGUAAGUUAUAAAUGACAUUACCACUGAAAUUUAUAUAAAAAUCUUCAUUACUGAAAUGUCCAUGAUUACGAAUACCCAUUCUUCAUCUACUAUACUUGACGAAUUCACUGGUGCAUUUAUCUUCUAUAGUGCAUAAUAAGUUCUAA